AUGCUUCUGGUUUGUCCUUGCCUUAAUGUUAAAGUCUAUGCAAAAUCUUUAAAACCUUGUGAGGGUCGAUUCUCAGACUUAGUUGAUGAUUGUGGUGAUAAACAAUUAAUCGAUUCAUUAGGGGAAGUCACUCUUGAUAAAUCUGGUAUAUGCAUAGAGCAUGAGUUCUUAGUAAAUCAACAAUCUUGUCAUCAGUUUCAAUUGUAUGAAUGUCUGAGUUGUAAAACUAAAACACAUCUAUUAGAUGAAGAGGAAGACAUUGUUUUAGUCAACACAAAACUUGAGUCUGAUAGCUCGGUUAUAGAACGACUACAACAAUCUGCAAAUUUCUCUAAACCAUAUAAAAUCAUCUUAAUGAAGCCAACAGAAUUAUCAGGAAAUGCUCCAGAUCCACGAGGAUUUGAGUCACUUCAAACUCAACUAAAUGAAGUCCAAAGACAGUUGAAUGAUUAUAUCAUAGAGGAGGAACAGAAAAUGGAAGCCAAAAUUCGACGGUAUGAAGAGGAACAGAGAACAACAUUCCAACAAUUUAAAGAUGAAGCUAAAGGUGAUAAAAGAAAGAUGAUAAGUCUAGUUUUAAAAGCUGCUGAAUCUGUUGUAGUUGAAGAGAAUGACAAAGAUAUGGAUUACUUCCCUUCCCACAACGAACACAAUAUGCAAUCGAGAAGUCCUGCCAAAAAUAAAUCAAACAAAAAUAAGGCGAAGUCUGGUAUACGAAACACAUCUCAGUCAUUUAGUGGUAGAUAUCACCAGUCAGAUGUGGAUUCAGAAGCAAUGUUUAUGUUAGAUGAAUUAGAUCAAAUACCAAAUGAUGAACCUUUUUAUGAAUCUGAUGAGGAAGGUGAUAUAAGUCCUAUGAAAUCAUAUGAAGACACGCAUCAUUCAUCUAGAUCCAGUCGACAGAAUCUGUAUUCAUCAUCAGUACCUAUAUCAGUACCUAGUAUGUGGGGUCAGAGAAAACAUAGUACCGAAGAUGAAGAUGAUGAGGAUGAGUUGACUCCAUCUGAUCCAGAUCAUUUAGGUGACAGAAUGAAAGCCUUAGCAGAAAGUAUCACUGACACUGGACGAUAUAUCUUUGGUGAUAGACCCAGACCAAGAAUAAACACUGGAGAUUUUGGCCAUUAGCUGAAGCUAGGAACAACUUAUAUUUAACAGCUGAUUAACCAUUAGACUUAAAUAACACUUGAUUUGAAACUUUCAUUUCUGCCCCCAAUCAAACGUAUGAAAGUGGAUUUGUCACAUUCAGUAUGUUCUCAGAAUAAAUCAAAAAGAGUUCUGUUUUUUUAUGGUUGAUUCUAUUCCAUGAAUAUUAACAUUAGAGUCUGAGUAGUCAUUUCAUUAUUUUGAAUAGUUCUGUCAAAAACGUGAAUGGUUUGAUGAGCUGUUAAAUUGAGAUUUUUCUAAUCAUGGGCAUUUGUAGUUUUUUAGUCUCUUUCUAUAUUUUGUACCGAUGUAAAUAGUUAAAAAUAGUCAUUAGUUAAUGAUUGUCUUCUCAUUUUAUAUCAAAAUUGUUUUCUUUAAGAUAUUAUAAUUCUCUAUGUGUAAAAGUAAGACUUGUUUCUCUUUAAGAAUUGAUAAUCGGGCAUUAUGUAUUGCUAAAGUGUACCUCAGAAUAUGUCCUCAGAAAAUUGUACAAGAAAUUUUAGUGAUCAGGGAUAUAGGCAAAAAAAAACCCUGGAUAUGGCAAGACAUAAAAAAACAUACAAUUCUGCAUAGAUAAAAAACUUUGAAGCCUGAUAAAAACCAAUGUUCUUUUAUGUAUUCUCAUAGUCAAAAGACUUAAUCCAAAUUUAAGGCAUAAUAUUUUUGACCUUAAGAGGAUUGUAAAGAGGUUUUCUAAAGUUUUAAAUAGAAAAUUAGAAAAGUUCAUCGAGCCAUUCUGAUGAUAAUACAAGUUUAAUGUUAGUUUAAUAUAAGUUCUUAUAGUUAAAACUAAGCAAUAAGAUAGAGGUUGUAUUUUGUAAAUAGAUGUUAUUAUUUUAAAACCAAAAAAAUGUGCUUUCAAAGUCAUAGUGCUUAUCUAGUGUGGCCAUAUAAUCAGGGUUUGAUUUUGGUUGUAUAUUUUGUGUCAUUUAAAUCAUUAUUUUUUUUCAUAUGUUUGAUACUUGUAUGUCUAGGGCACUUUUUAGAAUUAAAAACUGAAGUCUGGUUGUAAUUUAAACUAAAAUUCAAGGGCAGAUGAUGAGUUAUAUAUAAUGUGAUUGUAAACUAAAUAUUAAGACAACUUCAAUCCUUUAUAGGAUGAGUUUGCAUUUAAGUUGUUUUCAAUUUUUUUUUAUGUGAACUUAUUAAGAUUCUGAUUUUACAUCAGGCCCGCAGCUACAGGACUGUUUACAUACUGUAUAUCAUUAAAAAGAAUUGAUAUAACAAGAUAUUUAUUAAGUUAUUUUUUUUUGUUAACCCAUACUGUAUGCUGUUACAGUCAAAACCAUACUGAACUUUUCAUACUGUUAUUUCAUUUGUUUAUAUUCAUUUUGAGGUUUUUCAUCUUACACCAUUAUUUAGAGUUUACUGAUAUUCAUUCUGAUGCUUCCAUUAUUCUAUUUAAUUUAAUAUAUUUAUACAUGCUUACAACUUUCUUUCCAAACCACACAAGUAGUAGUAUUUAUCAUAUUGUAGCUAUUGGUGCUACCAGUGAUAAAGCUUAAAUUUUCUACUAUGUUACUUGUGCUAGUGGCUGAUAGAGCUUAAAUUUAGUCACCAGUAGAUGACUGUUUUCCUUUAAUGUCAAGAAUGGCACUAUUUGCUUGUCAAUUACAACUAAUGCAAACUUUUUCUUUUCAUACAUUUCCUGUCUAAAGUCAGUAUGAAAAAUAUCAUUCACAGUUAUUUUCAGUUUUCCUUGAUCACAAUCGAAUAUUAUUUGAUUUUGAAAGGCUUUCACUUUGUCACUUACUUACUAAUCUUCUUAUUAGACUAUUUAUUCUUCAAAAUGCAAAUUUUUUUACCACAUCUUUACCGUUUUGUCUUUUGAAGGGUAGCACCAUUUGGAAUGAUGAUCACGAAGUUUGGAACUUUCCUUAAUCUUAAUUGUGUAGUAAUCAAACAAAAAUUUGUUUGAACAUAAAAUUUAAAAAGAAAUUUGACAUCAAGUAGAAUUAUCACAUGAAUUUAUUUUCUCAUAAUAAGAUCUGUUGUAUAUAUUCACUUAAAAUACAAAUACUAUUAAUCCGAUACUAAUACAGACGACAGUCUAAAUACACUAAUUAUCAUUAUUUACAUUUCAUACUAAUUACUAUUUAGUCAUUUUACCAUUCAACCUUCACUGUUUGUUACUUACCGUGAGUAGAACAAUAUUCUAGUCCUGAAAUUGAUACGAGUGCCAUUUUAACAAGAAAAUAUCUACUUUUAUUCAAUAUUUUUAGU